AUGGUGCAUCACAGAAUCAGCACAACAAUCUCUUCUCGUUUGAAUAACUUCAAGAAAGAAUUGAAUUUCUUGAUUGUCCCAAGGAUUUCAUCUCUCGUUCCCAGUGAACAGAUUGAUAGAGAAUCACUAGAAAUUCCCAAGAAUUUGCCUCUAGCAGACGCGGAUUUCCACAGACCUUCUCCGAUCCAGGUCUUGCUGGGGUCCAGCACCUCCAUCUCCGUCCUCAGUAUAGGACAAGUCAAGGUUCCCAACGCAGGGGAUAUCUAUCUUCAAAAAACCCUAUUUGGCUGGAUUGUUUGUGGCAGCAUGAACAACGAGUUUGAUUACGUUCAAGCUAAAUGUCACUUCACUGAAAUUGUCGAUGAAUUCAAAAAAUUUUGGGAAAUUGAAGACAUCGGGCUCAAAGAGAGCCGACAAUCAGAAGUAGAAGCAGCCUGCCAGGCUCACUUCCAACAGCACGUGUCACGUAAUUCUGAAGGACGGUAUGUCGUGGCACUCCCCUUCAAUGAGAAGAAAGAUCAACUUGGCACAUCUUUUCUUCAGGCGAAACGUCGCUUACUCUCUCUAGAAAGGAAAUUCAAAUGGAAUUCCAAACUCGCAGAAGACUACACCAAGGUCAUCAAUGAAUACAAAGAACUUGGUUAUAUGAAGAAGAUCAACACAGAAAUAGAAGAUGGUUUCUACCUCCCGCACCACGCAGUCUUCAAGGACACCAGCCUCACCACCAAGACCAGAGUGGUCUUUGAUGGCUCAGCACGUUCCAGUACUGGUGUCUCCCUCAACGAUGCUCUCAUGGUUGGUCCAACCAUUCAGGACGACAUUCUCGGUCUGGUAUUACGAUUCAGACUCCAUAACUACAUCUUCACUGGCGACAUCGAGAAGAUGUAUCGUCAGGUGCUCAUCCGACCUGAAGACACAAAGUAUCAACGCAUACUCUGGCGAGAAAACAACGAGAUCAUGACUUAUGAGCUGCAAACUGUCACAUUCGGCCGNUCAACCAGUCCAAUGUCGUGCCCUAAUUGA